AUGAACUUACAAAAUGAAGAUCAAAACUCACAGGACAAUGUCUUUGAAAAGUUGCACGAAGUGCAAAAGAAGUCGAAAAUCUUGUACACUACACAGUUCCUUUUGUCUUUGCGUGAUCUGGAUAUUUGCAAGAACUUACCAAGUGGGUUCGACGAAUCUAUACUAAGUGAAUUCGUGGAUGCCUCGCAAAGCAUGCAAGAUCGACCAAGAAAUUCAGGAAGCUUUCCAUUGCAGGGCUUCAGACGCAUUGAGUAUGGCUCGAUACCACCUACUCGUGGGGAUUCUAGUAAUUUCUCGCGAGGCACUUAUGGGAGAUGGGAAAGCCAUUCUGGACGGAGUGAUCGAGACAAUGAUUCACAAUCUGAUAAGGAUUCAGAUUCUGGAAGGAGAUACAGCCAUCCAUCUCGGAGGUCUUGGCAGACUCCUGAGCAUGAUGGACUUCUUGGAAGUGGUUCAUUUCCAAGACCAUCUGGUUAUGCAGCUGGAAUCUCAGUUGCAAAGGUGCGAGCAAAUGAGAACUAUCAACUUAGCAAGAAGAAUGAGCCAUAUCAACCUCCGCGGCCAUAUAAGGCCAUACCUCACUCUCGGAGAGACACCGAUUCCAUUAAUGAUGAAACAUUUGGUUCAACGGAGUACACUAGUGAUGAUAGGGCAGAAGAAGAAAAGAGGAGAAGAGAUUCGUUUGUAUUGAUGAGAAAAGAACAACAGAAGUCUCUUCAGGAGAAUCAGAAAAUGAGUCUGGAGAAGCAUAAAGUUGACAAUGCCUUAGACCUUUGUGAAUCUUUGGAGGGUAACAAAGAGGAAAAGGGACUUCUGGGAGGGUAUAAUGAAUUGGAUGUUUCGACUGCCAGUACUCCUGUUUUGAGUAAUGAAUUUGAAAAAUCCUCUUUUUCUUCAAAUGCUUCUAGACCAUCUGUUCCACCAGGUUUUACUAACAAUAUUCUGGAGAAUAGUUCUGAUACGAAAUCUUUGGUUCCUCUCCAUUUAGCAGAGAUUGGGAAGCAUGUAGCAGGGGAAAGACUUCUGCAUUUUAGAACCAACCCUGCCCAAAAUGGUAAUGUUGACGGUUUCGAGCGGCAAUUAUCAAAAAAAAUUAGCUCCGUUGAUGGGCAAACUGAAGAUAAGAACAAGUGUGUACCACUUCUGAACGAGGGGAAGAUUGUGAAUUCACACUCAAGUUUAGGUGUGCCUCACGAGAAAGUCAGCAGGGAGGAUCAGUGUGAUCCUACUAGUUUUUCGGAUGACCAUGGAAUUUUGAACGAGUCGGAACUUAAUGCCAAAGUUUUGGAGGACAAAGUUGUCGGCAAGUCCGAGGGAAACUAUUCAUCAGUUCUGGAAAAAAAAUUUGGCAGUACACUAACGCUGAAAGAUGAUGGGACUGUCGAUUCAGCUGAGCAUCACAAUGGCAAAGUUCCUGACACAUGGAGCCCAAAAUCUACUCCGUCCUCAAAGUUUGCCCGAUGGUUUUCUGAAGAAGAAGCUCAGUCAGUGAAUGACAUCUCAGCUGGAAGGCCGAAUGAUUUACUCUCGUUAAUUGUCACUAGUGAUAAAGAAAGAUCACAAGUUUCUGCUGCAAAACCUGAGCACUUUACACAUGAGAGCUCCGAACUUGCUAGUAAGUCCUCAGUUAACAUGCCCUCUGCAACUAAUGGCGUCUCUGAAGAGGUGUUCAGCAGUAAUAAAAAAGAAGUAACUUCGACUGUCCUUACAUGCGAAGACAUUGAACAGUCAAUUUUGUCAGAAUACAGUCAAAAGAAUUCAAACACAAUGCCACUGUUGAAAGGCUGGAGUGCUUCCAGCACAAAUUUUGAACAGCCUAGAGAACAUGAUGAUCAUGCAUCUCAGCACCUGCUUUCAUUGUUGCAAAAGGGAUCAGACCCAAAUACUAUGACCCUGGGCCCCAUUCCUGACAUUGGCUUUGGAGACAAAGUACUAGUUUUUGAAGAGCAUGAAAUAGGAACUGCGGUUGAUGAUCCUAAAGCUGAAGAGCAAACUAAUAAUAUACAUUAUUCUGGAAAGACUCUUACACUUGAAACUCUCUUUGGAACAGCUUUCAUGAAGGAGCUCCAAUCAGUUGAAGCACCUAUUUCUGUCCAAAGGGGCUCAAAUGCAUCUGCGCAAGUGGCUGCUCCGGAGCCUCAUGGAUUAUCCUUUCCAGUCAUGGAAAAUGGUGUUUCUUCUUAUACAAUUGAUGAAAUUGGACUUCAAAGAACAAGUCAUGAAAAUAGUGUUUUGAGCUCAAAUCACAGGGACCAAACCAACCUGGCCAAGUCUGGGAACUGGCUAGGAUUUGAUGAUUCUCAAAUAAAUUCAUCAAAGCACCCGACUGAAGUAGUGGCCAAACAUGGUGGCUAUAGUGGGGCAGUUGAAUUUCAGCUGCCUGAAUAUGAGAGCUUAAUUUCUGUUGGAGAUUCUCUGAAACCCCAAUUGUCGACAUUGAUGCCAACCGGAAACUCAAGUAAAAAUGAGUUAUUGUCUUCGAACGUGCACGUUGACAUAGCUGAGAAUUUUGCAGCUAUGGGUGCUGUCAUCAAAGACAACAGAACUAUGGUAGGUUCAGAAAGUCUGCCCUUUGCACGUGGUCCUUAUGAACAGACAGAUCCUGAGAUUCCAUAUCGCAACAUUCAGGUCCAACCAUCACCUCCCCAGUUUCAGCCCCCACAUAUGAGUCAUGUGAGUCCAUUAUUCCAUCCAUUGGAUUCUUAUCCUGCAUACACGAGUUCCCAGAAGAAGUUCAUGGGUCCAGUGAGAGUUGCAGGGUACAAUCUCCAUGCUCAUCGUUCAAUGCUGCAUCCUAUGCCAAUGCCAGGCAAUCGUCCUCAGCUGUUACCUGACUUUCCAAGGGGUGCUCCUGUGCCUUAUCCUGGCAAUCAGACAACCAGUUUUAUUCAGGACAUGAACCCAAUGCAAGGGUUUCCUUUUGGACCCCACCAACCCAACAUUGGCAGCGUUGGGAUGUCAAUGCCAGCUCCUGAUAAUUCUUUUGGUAAUCCUCCCGAGGCAUUCCAAAGGCUAGUCGAAAUGGAACUCCAGGCAAACUCAAAGCAGAUUCACCCUUUUCAUGCUGCUCAUGACCAAGGAGUUUAUAGUCACGAACCAGACAUUCGUUUCCCGAGUCUUCGUAUUGAAGGAGUUGAGGAAGCCCGAGAGUUUUCUGAUAGAGCUGUGGAAUGCAGUCCACUUUGUGGGUUUCCGAUACUUGAAAUGCCAUCUGAACAAACUGAUCAUGUGAAAACCAGUAUGUGCCGUGGAUGGGACAAAGCAUGCGAUAGUCCAUGGCUCUAUGAACUCAUAAGUUUUGGGCACGUCAGUUGA